CAGUUGUUCAUCCUUUUUCGAGUGCUUGGUAGAUCAGAUAUCGACAUUCAUGACAUUACCUAGACAUUAUCUGGCUGCGGAUGUAUAGAAAACCCGAACGAAAACCUCGCGUUUCUCGCUGACAACCCGUCAACGGACACAACCGAGCUGGGACCGAGCAGUAAACGAAAGUCAAAGACAUCCGCAGGUCCGUGCGUUUGAACUGCUGAGGCUGCUGAGGUUGCUGAGGAUCCAUAUUCGUUUGGUCGACCGUGGUCGACAUUGAAUACGCGGACCCGGCUCGCGACUUAUCUUCUUGCUUAGAACUUUCCAGCGACCCUCAUCGAGCACAAUGGACACCCUGCUAACCGCCGAAUCGGCGGUCAAUUCACCUCGUUACCGCCGCAAAUCGAGCACAUUUGUCGACGCAAUCCAUGAUCUUCCAGAGAAGAGCGAAAUGGCCCCUGCUCAGCUCUACAGUACUGAGUCGGGACGGCUAUUCCAUGCUGGUCGGAUCGCCAUCACCACAGUAGGAUUACCUGCUCGCGGCAAAACGCACAUCUCGGUGGCAUUGGCUCGGUAUCUACGAUGGCUGGGUGUGAAAACCCGGAUCUUUCACCUGGGUGACUACCGCAGAGCUAUCGUAGGUCCAGGGAAGGAUGUUCCUGAUGAUUAUUUCUUCGUCAACGCCUCGGCGUCUUCGGUAUUACUCAGGCAGAAGAUCCUCAAGAAGUGCAGAGAGGAUAUUUACCAUUUCCUCAACCAUGAAAACGGCCAGAUUGCCAUCUACGAUGCGGUCAACCCUCUGUCUGCUGGUCGCAGGUCACUGGCCAAGGAAUUUGCGAAACACGACAUCAAAUGUCUGUUCAUCGAGUCAAGUUGUGAUGACCAGCGAAUCAUCGAAGAGAACGUCCGCAGUGUCAAAAUUUCUUCACCCGACUACAUUGGAUGGUCCGAAGCUGACGCGGUCAAACAUUACCUGAACAGAGUCACUGCAAAAAUCCCGCACUUCGAAACCAUGGAGGAGCCAGAUCUCGACUGGAUCAAGAUGAUCAAUGCGGGAGAGAGACUAGUAGUCAACAACACUAGCUUCGGUUAUCUAUCACAUCGGAUUGUGUUCUAUCUGUUGAACCUCCACAUCAAAUCUCGGCAUACCUAUUUCGCUCGUGCGGGUACCACUUUGGAAGAGGAGUCCUUCAAGGCCGAUGCGCGUCUGUCACCCCAAGGCAAGGAUUAUGCCAAGAAAAUGACUGAAACUCUGCUCAGCCAUCGAGAAGAGGAGAGACGUACUCUGAUCGAGAAGGGAGGGAUUGACACACCGCUGAAACCACUCAUCGUGUGGACCUCUACGAGACGGAGGACCGUCGAGACGGCGGCGUUCCUAGAAGGUAAAGGGUUCAAAGUUAGGCAGAGGUCCCAAAUGAGCCAGCUUAAUCCCGGGGUUUGUGAAAAGAAGUCAGAGCGCAGAAUUCGACAGGAAUAUCCGGAAGAAGUGGUGAAGCAUGAUCUGGAUCCAUACCACCACAGAUUCCCUAGGGCAGAGUCAUACCACGAUGUUGCGGUUCGGCUGGAACCUAUCAUUCUUGAACUGGAAAGGGAGCAGAGCGAUCUCCUCAUCAUUGCCCACGAAAGCGUUCUCCGUGUGCUUUAUGGGUAUCUGAUGGCAUGUAAUGCUGCGGACAUCCCCUUCCUAUCAUUCCCGCGAGACGAGAUAAUCGAGAUCAUUCCCGCUAGUUACAACAAUGAAGCGAAGCGGAUCAAGAUCCCGAACCUCCCUCCAGAGAUCAUUCCUGCCUCCCCAGAAGGCAUCAAGGCCCCGGCGCCGCCCAGCGGAUUUGCCACUCCUAUUCCUGGCCUGGGUAGUGGGCUUGCCAGUCCGAGAACCGGGACCAGUACGCCGGAGCCAGGCUCUGGUUACAAGACACCGGAAGAUUCUGAGAACCUGUCGGUGAGGAUGCACGACGUGGUUUGAUGCGAAUGGCGGGGGUUGUAGCUGUCCGAUACGUCUUACAUUCAACGGCGUGGUCUGCUGAACCGCUCUCAUGAUGGCAUUCAUGGUCAGCCACCGUGGAGAGUAGACACGAAUAGAAUAGUAUCUUUGGUGGCGAGUUCGUAUUUGUCUUCGCCCUCAAGUUCCCAGUCAGAGUCGUUGAUCAAGACGAGGAUGCCUGGCCGACUUCCAGUCGUAGCAUUAGUUCUUUGGCUCAAUGCACAAGGCCUUGUUCACCUACACAUUGCCGUUGAGAACAAACAGC